AAACUACCACGACCAGCUUGUUCUAUCUAUAUAUAAAAAAUGAGCCGUUCACAUUCCCAUUAUCCUUUACAGGUAUACCAUAUGCUGAGCCUCCUACAGGUGGCCGUCGUUUCGCUAGACCGGUUAAGAAAUUAAAACUGGACAACUAUCUUCUGGCUGACACAGAGAGCUUGGCGUGCCCUCAGGACCCGAACAUCCUGAAAAACUGGGUGCCUGGACCAUCUGAUAUGAGUGAAGACUGCUUAAAGCUGAACGUGUACGUGCCGGGAAAUGCCAGUACUCACUCGCACGCGUCAAAAGCAGUGAUGUUGUGGCUCUACGGAGGGGCCUACCUCAUAGGCCAGAGUCGUAUUUACAACGCAGAGCGCCUAGCGGCGUUUGGUGACGUCAUUGUUGUCACCGCCAACUACCGAGUCGGUGCUUUUGGCUUUCUUAGCACGGGAGACGGCGUGCUUCCCGGGAACGCUGGAUUAUGGGAUCAGCAGGCAGCGAUUGCAUGGGUGUAUGAAAACAUCGCUGACUUUGGAGGCGACCGAAACAAUAUUACACUUUUUGGAGAGUCUGCUGGUGGGGCAAGUUCCACAUUUCAGUUACUAAACCCUCAAAAUAAGGGCAAGAUCCGCCGAGUCAUUGCAUCCAGUGGAACAUUCGCCUGUCCCUGGGCCUUCAAUGACAACAGUAUGACAAGUGCGAGAACGUUUUCCAUGAGGCUGGCCAACCGUCUUGGCUGUUCUGCUGACAGAUAUCCUGGGUUUAGUGUCGAGGGACAUAAAAAGAUUUUGAAAUGUCUCCGAAGUCGCCCAAUGACGUCAAUUAUCAAGAACAGUUUAGUCAGUUCAUUAGAAGAAACUUUAUUCCGAGCUGACUGGGUGCCUUCUCUGGACGGGCAUUUCAUCAAACGUGACGUACUGUCUCUUUUUAAACUUUCUUCAGCAAAUCUGGAUUCGGCAGGGCGCAAUGUGCACAACUUCAUCUUGAACGACACCCUGCUGGGAGACGUUGAUGUGAUGAUUGGAUCCAACUACGAUGACGGUGAAGUGAUUGUAAAGACAACUGCUCAAUUGUAUUUGUCUGGUAAAACGGGAUUAAAUCUGGACGAUCCUAACUUGACUUACGAAGAGGUUUCUAAAUAUUAUGUCACUAAAAUAUUACAAGACAUUUACGGAGUGUAUAACCCGUUACCUAAACUUGAAGAUCUGUUUCGAAAUGUUUACGUAUCAAAGAAUAUGUCUUUGGCUUCUGUCCCAGAUGCUGUGGUGCAUGCAGUUUUAGAUAUGACCACUGACUUUGAGUUUUUUAUACCUGCUCUACAGACACUAUCAAAUAUCGCAACGGUUUCUGUACAUUCUGAGAGAAAAAUGUAUAUGUGGCAGUUUGAUCGGAAAUACCCGUACCUAUCCCGGCCGCAUUGGGUUCAACACGCUUCUCACGGGGACGACUUGCCAUACGUUUUCGGUUUCCCUCAAUCUAUGUCUGAAGCAUUUAACAUCACACAGGCUGUACAGAAAGCAGAAUGGUCUACAGCCAGGAACAUAAUGACGUUCUGGAGUAAUUUUGCUAAAUCAGGGUGAGUGGGUUCUUUUACUAGUCAUUAUUUGAGAAAAGUCACGAACUUACAAGAGAUUACAACACUUGUUCACUGCGAUGCCAGUGUCGAUGGUAAAUGAUAUUUUCUGUGGUUCGUCAAAUAUUAGUUUAGUUUAGUAAGACAGAGCUGACACCUGCUUAAGGUCAUACGAAACAAAAGAUGAUUGCAUUCAAAAUAGUUCGCAACCGUACAAUAGAAAUAUCAGUUUUACUUAAAAACAACAAUUUAAAGUCUAUUGAAAUUAUAAUCUUUACAUUUUAUGUAAAGGCCAAUGGCCUUUAAAAAUUGAUAAUUCUGUUGGGAUCAACAAAUGAGAACAGAUCUUUCAAUUUUGAACAUUUUUAACAGCUGAAAUUUCUUAUUUGGGUCAAAAUUAUUGAUUUUGAGAUGUAGGCAUGUUUGGCUUCUUCAGCCUCUCUUACAACUAUUUCAUCACAAAAACCCACUAAAGCCUCAUUUUGUCACUUAUCAGGUAUGUUAGUCACCACCACAAUCCCCAUGAAGUUUUCUGCCCCCACCCCCUCACCUCCUUUGCCCCCUCCUCUGGGCUCCUGACUCUUUCUGCAGCCUUUCUA